UCGCUCAUUUGUCAAAGGUAAAUGAGUAGGCUGGGCAUGCAAAUUCAGCUUAGGGUUUCCGUGGGGUGUGGAAGGAGGAAAUAUGAUCUCGUGUUUAUUUAAGAAAAAAAAAAAAGCCUUACAACCCAGCCGAAAGAGAACAGAUUCCGGAAGAAAGUUUUCCGACUCCCCAGUUUUCCCUCUCUGGAUCCCUGAUCAGGGAAGAGAAUGGACUGGUGAUGGAAAUCAGCCUUCAGCCCUGUAAAUGAAUUCGGGAGCAGGAGCUGGAGGGAAGUGGAAGAGAAUCUGACACGAUCCAGAACUUCAAGGCACUUUCCAUCUUCAGGGAGAGAUAAAGCAGAUACGAAGAUACAGCUGCAACUAGAUAUUAAAUGCAUAAACCAAAGGAGUACGAAAAAUAGAUUUGUACACACCAGAUUUUCAGAGAUCUACAAAUCCUGGAACAUCUGAAGCAGACCUCACCAAGUGAUCCGCCAGCACUCAAGAUGGGACAGCGUCUUACCUCUCUGGGCUCCAUCUCGUGGCUCUGUUUCCUCUUGUGGGCAGGACAUCCCUCGAGGGCUACGGACCUUGAAGUGAGCGUCCAGUGCUUUAGUGACUACGAGACAAAGCUGACCUGUGAGUGGAAAGUGAACAGACCGGCAAACUGCAGUACCGAACUCCAGCUCCACUACGAAAGGAACGUACGUCCUGAAAGAAAUAGCCUGUGUGUUCCUGAGAACAAGAAAAGCAGUGGCGGUGUCUCUCCCGUUGAGUGCGUGUGCACAGUUGAAGUGCAGAAGAUUUAUUCUUCGGAUAUAUUUGAACUUAAGAUCCAAGCCGGGGACAACGUACUGUGGAAUCUCACCUUCAGUCCUUUCGAAAAUGUUAAGCCAAAAGUACCAGGAAACCUUACAAUCCAAAAGACUAAAAAUGGCUACUUCCUCCUAAGCUGGGACAACACUUACACCAUGGACAAUUAUAUUUACAAUAAAUUAUCGUAUGAAGUCGAGCUUUGGGAUAAAGAGGAUCCAAGUGAGAAAACUAAACAGAUCGUAGAGUAUGUGAAUACCUACUUGGAAAUUACUGCCAACGAAUUUAAGAACUGGCAUUCUUAUCGAGCCAGAGUACGGUCAAAACUUAAAGCAGAUUUUGAAGGGCAAGACAGCGACUGGAGCCAAGAAAUUGAGUGGCUCAAUCAAUAUGAAGUCAAGUUGGAAGAUCGUUUGCAGCUGGGAGUUCUCAUUUUCAGCGUCUUAAUCCUGCCAGUUAUUUUGAUGUGUUAUUUCAGCGUUAUCAAGGUGAAGAAGGAAUGGUGGGAUCAGAUUCCCAACCCCGCCCACAGCCACUUGACAGCCAUCGUUGUUCGAAACAAGCAGCUUUCGGCCUGGGGAAAACCGUCUCACUUGAAAGACGUGAACAUCUCCUACCGGGACAGGAAACAAAGUCAUGUGGAAAAACAAGCUCGCCCCCAAAGCAGAAGUUGGAAGACCCGCUUAGCAAAAAUAUUUCCCUGUUUGCUCAGGCUCGACUCAAAGGUGAAUGAAAACACCGUCGGCGUCGAGAAGAAUCGCUACUGUCCGGGCCCGAACAAAUCAGAGGACUGGUUGCCGGAAAGCUACCGGACCAUUUUGACGCCCGAAUCUAUCAGUGUGGUCCAAUCCGUCGAAAUGUGUGAAGCUGAAGUUGAGAGCGAGAAAGAGGAUGCGGAUGAUAUUUCCUCCUGUCUGCCCUCGGAGAGCAGCACGAGCAGUUUCGUGCAGAACAAAGAAGCCAUUACCGCUAUGCUCGUUCAAAGUCUGUUCCUUGAUCUCAUAGGAAGUGAAACCGAUAUGUCUUGUGGGCUGGCCUCUGACAGCCUGACGAAUAAAUACAAGAACCUGCCCGACGCAUCACAGUCUGCUUUCCCGGGCGCCUCCCAGAGUGAUUCGACCUUUAAAGUAGCUCGGAAGAAGUCCUUGCAGUCCGAAGAGUCCUUUGAAUCUGGCUAUCACAGUUCCAAUUUGGACAACGCUUCCCCCGGUAUCAAGAAUUCUCCGGCUCAGAGCGGUGGGCUGGAUUCCAGUGCAGGUUCCCAAGAUUUAGACAUCCUAGAGGUAAACAAAAUCAUCAUGGAUAAUCCUGCCUAUCGAAGCUUCAGCGCCCUCCUGGCCCAGUCUAAGGCUUCCUCUCCGGAAGAGGCCGGCUUUCCCACGCUCCCAGAAGGCCGCUCCGGGGAGCCGACGUUUCCCUCUUGGGAAGAUUCCGAUAUGAACCCCGAGGCGGACUGCGCCGGACCUGCCUUCCCACGCUCCCGCUCGGAGGGCUCUGUCACCUGCCCCUCCGACGACGACGACGAGGCUUCGUCGUCCCAGGCCGAGGACGAAUCCUGGGAACAAAUCCUAAGGCAGAGCGUCCUCCGACGAGAGGCGGCCCCGGCCGGCCCCGCCGUCUCCACGUCGUCUGGUUAUCGGUGUUUCGAAAAUGCCGUAAGGCAAGGCGGUGCGCCCGGUGAUAACCUGCUCGGCCUCGGCGUCCCUGAGGAUUCAGAAUAUAAGUCCUUCACGGCCCUUUUAAAUAGGAACGUCCAGGAAGCAGCCGGCAUCUCCGCAGGGGAAUCUGGGAGGGGGGGAGAUGGAUCUGUCCCUUCGCGGCGACUCGCUUCCAGCGGCCCGGAAGCCCGGGGCUCGACUGCUCCUCCCCCGUUCACCUUCGGGCUUGAUUUCGACCAGGGUGGCUCCUGCGGCCACCCGCCUGCCAGCUUCCUCUCACUGUACGGCUCUGACAGGACGGUGGAAGAAGAGAACCUGAAGAAUUCCCUGAACCCCACUUGGACUAGCCCGGCGUUCCUACGGGACACCCCGGAGGGGACGGCGGCCUGGACGAGGGAAGACUCCAGUAAUGGCAUCGUAUAUUCUGCUCUGACCUGCCACUUGUGUGGCCAUCUGAAGAAAUUCCAGAGCGAAGACAGAAGUCACAAACCAGGAGACGGCGGUCAGAGUGUGAAAUGCGGCUGUACCGUCUCCCUGCCGGACACACCGACUUACUCUCCUGCUAGAGCCGCGGACCCCUCUCCCUCAGAAAUAGCGAUGAGUCCGGAGAGCCUGGAUCUCGGGGACUCGUUGGCAUUUCCCGGAAAAGAGCCUUUCAAAGAAGGCAGCUCCCUGAGGACCCCCUCCUCUCUUCCUUCCAAAUGUCCGGCACUUAAAAACUCUCGAAACGUCUCCGGCUCCAUCCCGGAGAUGAAGUGGGAAGGAUCGCUCGUCUUCCCGUGAGACUCAAGAGACGCCCCAAGAAAGACCCCCCCCCCCGCGGCCCAUUUCCAAAACGGAGGCCCUCAGUGAAGCCCAGGACCACGAGGGCAACACCUACACGCAAGUUAUCUAGAUGACCUGGGGGCACCGUCCCGAGGAGCGGGAGGAAUCCACGGUUUUGCAAACCUGGACUGCCAGGGGAUGGACAGGUGACCCGGGUUUCUAAAGCGCCUCCAAUAGCUGAACGGUGACCUGGGCAGAGAAGCGUGAGCCUCGUUCCUAUCGCCGAAGCAAGCUACCAGGUUUUUCCCGGGAAACGGCUGCCGACGUAUCUACAGGUCACGCGAACCGCGCCACUCUGAGCGGGUUGAAGAAUCCCAGCAGCCAAGUGAGACAGGAGGAAACCCCGGGGAUCAUCAUCAUCAACAGUGGUAUUUCUCGAGCGCUUACCGUGUGCAGAGCACUGUACUAAGUGCUCGGGAGCAGAAUUUGUAUUAAUGCAGGGCGCGUUUCCUGGAUCAGCCUCCCAGGAUUUUCCUUCUUUUUUCACUUGACCGCUGCCCGUACAAAAAGCCACCACUCAUGCCACCUGGAAAGGACCGGGAACCCAAGCUCUGACCGGGCCCCAGAAACCCUCAGGUCUCUGGCCUCAGCAUCCUCGCACUCAGUGCCCUUCCUUGCCUCUCAGCGGCUGCGGACCGGCGCCUCUUCUCCUCCUUCGGGAAGAGUGCCGUAGUCACGGGGCGACUCGCUCUAAGGAACCUCACUCGGCGGGCAGGCCUCUUUUUCUCGGUCACGAAGGGCCACGGAACCAACGAUUCCGAAGGCCGGGACCGACUGCGAGAUCGGAAGGGGGGAUUCCUUAAUAACGCGGCUCCUCGUUCAAGAUACCUCUGCUUUCAACAGCCGUUCGGUGGUGGCCAAAAGAACCCGGAGCGGCUCGGUUUUGACGGCUUCUCUCCCGCCGCGACCAGAUACUGACCCAGUGCCUUACUGGGUCUCUUUCCACCUCCGUCUGCCAAGAGGUGUGGGGACUUCUUCGAACUGCCUUCUUCCAGAAAAUGAAUGUAUACUUGAUUAUUCUUCACAAUUCGUACUGUAAACCUUGACCUUAUCGCGCAGCCACUCGACGCACUUCAUUUUCCAUCUCGCUUUUCUUCACAGCGGGCCGGGUGGGACGGUUUAAAGCGUCGGAGAAAAGGUGGCGACGCCCACGGGCUGUCCAGGUGUGCCGGGGAAAUGUAACUACCUAUGUUCGGGAGACGGCCCACACCUCGCAAUCCCAUCGUAUUGCGAGAUGGGGCCCUCGCGGGACUGGGGGAGGCAGGGUCCGACGGGCGAACGGACGGCGCCCGCCGGGAUCGGCUCCUCCGAAAGCGUCAUUUGGAUCGGACCGUCUUUGUUGGGAUCGGAGCCGCUCGUUUUACACCCGUUUUUGAGAAUUCCGAGCCUCUUACUUUCGUCCGUGAACUUCCGAACUGUUUCAUUUUCAAAGCCUGUGGUUUGGUCACCUGACGAUGUGAAUAAAUGCAAUUUUGUGCCAUGGAAAACCCGACGACCGGCUCUGAAGA